UAGUGGGGUGCAAAAGAAUCGAACAAGUAUUGCUUAGCGCUUAAGUGACAUUCUCAUUCAGUACUUGAAAUAGUCAGUGAUCAACACAAUAGACAACUACUCAUAAAAAUUUUCAUUAUGGAAAUGUCGCAAGAUAUUUCUAGAUCAUCUUUUAGUAUAGCAGGUGAAUUUCGGUUAGCAAGAGCCGAGUUGAUUGGAUAUGGUAUCAUAGUAUUCCUUGUGAUUGUUUGGUGUAAUAUUAAAUGGAAUCGUAGAUUUAUUGAUGCGUUAGCUGCUACAUUGCCAGGACCUCCGUCAUAUCCACUAAUUGGUACAGGAUUGGAAUUUAUUGGAACACCUCAACAGAUAAUGGAGAGAAUAAUAAAAUUGUAUGAAUUUUAUGGUCCAGAACCAUUUAAAAUAUGGUUGGGAUCUACAUUAGCCGUUAAUGUAAUUAAACCUGAAGAUUUACAAAUUGUAUUAAAUAGCUCUAAAGCUCUGGAAAAAGAUGACUUUUACAAGUUUUUUGUCAAUACUGUUGGUGAAGGUCUAUUUUCUGCGCCAAUUGAUAAAUGGCGAAGACAUCGACGAAUUAUUACUCCUGUUUUCAAUGCUAAUUUACUUGAUCAAUUUUUUCCGGUAUUUAAUGAAAAAAAUGCUAUUUUUGUUAAAAAUCUAAAAAAAGAACUAGGAAAAAAUGAACCAUUCGAUAUAUGGGACUACAUUGCUUCUACUUCGUUAGAUAUAAUUUGCCAAACUGCAAUGGGGUAUAAUCUCGGUACACAACAUAAUAGUGAAUCUGAAUUCGCCGAAGCUUUAACAAAAGCUUCUGAAUUGGAUUCAAUGAGAAUUUAUAAACCGUGGUUGUAUCCUGAUUUUGUUUUUUAUAUUUAUGGAAAAAUUACAGGCUUACACCAGAUUUACAAAACGUUGCAUAAACUACCAAGCCAAUUAAUUCAAGAUAAAAAAGUUGAAUUUGCUCAGAAAAUAAAAAACAAGCCUAAUGAAAUUGACUUCACUGAUGAUAAAAAAAAACGUUUAAAAGUUUUUUUGGAUACAUUGCUUGAAUUAAAUGAAGCUGGUGCAAAUUUUUCAAAUGAAGAAAUUAGGGACGAGGUUGUUACGAUGAUGAUUGGGGGUAGUGAAACAAGUGCUAUUACCAACUGUUUUUGCAUUUUAAUGUUAGCAAUUCAUCAAGAUAUACAAGACAAAGUUUACGAUGAGAUCUAUCAAGAAAUGGGAGAUGGUGACCAAACAGUGACAAUUGAAGAUACGGUUAAAUUUGUGUAUUUAGAACAGUGUAUUAAAGAAACUCUUCGGUUAUAUCCCGUAGGCCCUAUAAUAUUGAGACGUUUACAAGAUGAUGUUAAAAUAACAAAUUACUCGAUACCAAAAGGAACUACAGUUAUAAUACCACCAAUAGCAACCCAUCAUUUACCUGAACUAUAUCCAAAUCCUUGGUCCUACAAUCCGGGUAAUUUUGACCCGGAACAAGUAGCUAAACGACACAAGUACAGUUUUAUUGCUUUUAGUGGUGGACCAAGAGGUUGUAUAGGAUCUAAAUAUGCAAUGUUGUCAAUGAAAGUUUUGAUAUCAACCUUCCUGCGAAAUUAUAGUGUGCAUACAGAAUGCAAAAUGUCUGAUAUUAAAUUAAAACUUGAUUUACUUAUGAGAAGUGUCCAUGGAUAUCCAGUAACAAUUCGCCCCAGAGAUAGGAGACCUACGUAUAAGAGGAAUUAAAGAGAAGAAAUAUAAUUUGUAGUUCUUAAAUUACAUCGAAUGCGAUUUUGUAAUGUUGAAUAUUAAGUAUUAGAAAUGAAAGUUUAAAUGAAUAAAAGUACUCAGAGAAGA